UGAACCUGUAGAAAGUACCUGAUUUAAAGCGCAGGGUUUUUCCAUGAAAAUCCCUCCAAAAAAACCUCAUUUUUUAAAACCUAUUUUGCCAGGUUGUAAGCAACAAAUUACAAUUCCUAUAGGUUUCUUCAAGUAUUUGAAGGGACAAGAAAAUGAAUAUGCAUUGCUAAGACGGGCAAGUAAGAAGUGGUCCGUGAAGGUGAAUGGACGGCGACUGGAAGAUGGUUGGGAAGAGUUUGUAAAGGACCAUGAUUUACAAUUAGGAAAUGUUUUGAUAUUCAGACAUGAAGGAGACAUGGAAUUUGAGGUCGCCGUCUUUGAUUCAAGUUGUUGUGAGAGAGAAUACGAACAAGGAGUUCAUGUUCACGGAGGAGAAGAAGAAGAAGCCUGUAUUGUUGAAGAGUCUUCCAAGAAAUUGAAAUCCAAAGAAAAACCAAAGCGCAAAGUCAAGAAAUCAGGCAAGGGUUUCUCCAAUGUAAAAGCUGCUUAUAAGGACAAGCAUCUCAGUCGCUCUCAUUUCAUUUGUACAAUUCGACCUUAUUGCCUUUCAAAGUAUUGUCUGUGUAUUCCAAAACAAUUUGCACAAGAAAAUAGUCUCCGCAACAGGAAAUGUGAGAUAAUUGUGAGGGAUGAGCAACGAUCAUGGACGUUUGGUGUGCAUACAAAUGGCAAAAACACCUUCAUUGGAAGUGGAUGGCAUGAAUUCAGCCGUACGAAAUGCUUAAAGGAAGGAGAUAUCUUAAUGUUUGAGAUAGUUUCCAAUGGAGAAACACCUAUAUUCAGAUUUCAUGAUUUGAGAGAAAGCCCGUUUCUUCAGGAUGAAGUAAAGAAGAAAGAUUCGGAUGCUGAAAGAAUGUCAGAUGAAGAUGCUACGCUUGAGACCUCGGACGUGACUACUCCUAAAUCACAAGAAGCUGCUGAUGCCAACCCUCAUUUUAUAUCUACUAUUAAACCUUACACCCUCAGAUUUCCUGUUCUGUAUCUUCCAAUAGCUUUUGCAAAAUCAAACGGCUUGCUGGAUAAACGCGAGUUGAUUAUCAUGGAUGAAAAACGGAGAUCAUGGUCAAUGUGCCUUGGGCAAAUCGACAAGUAUCACUUUGGAAUUAAAAAGGGAUGGCGAAAGUUCAUAGAAGCCAACGGUGUUCAAGUUGGAGAUACUUACAAGUUUGAACUCAUCAACAAUGGCACAAUACCUUUAGUUCAUUUCCAUUGUAAAUAUGAUGAUGUUGGAAGGGCAUUUUUGUUGACUGCCAUGAAAGUAGCUUCAAAAAAACCUCGUUUUUUCAAACCAAUUCAGCCAGGUUACAAGCAUUGUAUUAAAAUUCCUAUAGGUUUCUUGAAGUAUUUGAAGGGAUUGAACCAUAUUAAACAAGCAAUACUGAGAAGUAGGGGUAAAAAGUGGUUGGUGAAGGUGACCGGUUGGCGAUUAGAAGAAGGUUGGAAAAAGUUUGCUAAGGAGAAUGAUUUGCAAUUGGGAGAUUUGUUGAUUUUCAAACAUGAAGGAGACAUGGAAUUUGAAGUUUCCAUCUUUGAUUCAAGUCAUUGUGACAGAGAGUACGCAGAGUAUCUGCAAGAAGAAGAGGGCAAUUAUGUUGAUGCGACUUCAAAGAAAGUGGAAAAAGAUCUUAGGCAUAAAACAUCGGACAUGACUACUCCAAUAUCGCAAACACCAGCUUCAACAUCUGCUGAUGCCGACCCUCAUUUUAUAUCCACUAUCAGACGUUACACAUUCACAAAAGCUAUUUUGUAUUUUCCGAUGCGUUUUGUGAAAUCAAAUGGCUUGAUGAGUAGAAGUGAGAUGAUUCUUGUCGAUGAAAAGCAGAGAUCAUGGUCAGUGUUGCUUGGGCAAAUGGAACACCACUUUGGAAUUAAAAGGGGAUGGCCACAGUUCAGAAAAGCAAAUGGUCUUCAAGAAGGAGAUACUUACAAGUUUGAACUCACUAACAAUGGCACAAUACCUAUAAUUCAUAUGAAAGAAAUAGAAUUGUGUGCUUUGUUUGGUGUGGCACUUGAUUUAUGUUGGAAUACUGAUGUUCCAACAGAGAAAAUUCCUAUAGGUUUCUUAAAGUUUCUGAAUGGACACGAUCAAUAUGAACAUGCUAUCCUGGGAAGGGCAGGUAAAACGUGGUUGGUGAAGGUGAGCAGUUGGCUAUUAGAAGAGGGUUGGAAAAUGUUUGCUAAGGAGAAUGAUUUGCAAUUUGGGAGAUUUGUUGAUUUUCAAACAUGA